AUGUUCUCCUCCAACUACGAACGUGUGCAAACACAUGACGACGACGACCACGUAGCCGGCCAAAACUCACAACCUAUUCCAAACUCGCCCCCACCAUCUUUCCGUUCGCGCAACUCUUCUCGCCGGAACUCUGCUCAACACGACCACCACCACGACGAGGAUGCCGACCGGGAUAUUGACGACGCCUUUGCCGCUCCAUCGGAUGACGAAUCAGACCAUGAUGGCCCCGACGCCGACCGUAGGCGACUUGUCCAGUCCAGCGACCGCGACUCUCCAGAAGUACCGGCACCUGAAGUCCAGCCUCCUCGAUUGAACCGCCGGGUUACUGAGAUUAAUAUGUUCUUGACUGGCGUCGGUCGCCCGAGCAAUAGCAGAGCUGUUGGUGGUGGAAGCAGCGCCAAUGAUGGUGUCUUUGCCAACAUUUCCGCGAAGCCCACUCGUGGUGAAGAGCUCGAGGAGAAGCCUCCGGUACGUCGUCCUGCAUUCCCGUCACCUCUCUUACGUCGUACUGACCUUAUCGUANNGACAUAUGAGCAAGCAGCCGCUGAUUCAGCGCCGCCAUACUGGGAAACCUCUAUUCUGGCUCCUGGCGCCUUCAACAGUGACGACAUCUUCGUCGACGGUCUUGUCGUCGGCAGUCUAUUCUCCUUUGUCUGGAACGCUCUCAUCUCCAUGUCCUUCCAACUUAUCGGUUUCCUCCUCACAUAUCUCCUUCACACCACACAUGCUGCAAAGCACGGCUCUCGCGCUGGUCUAGGUAUCACCUUGAUUCAAUACGGCUUCACCUUCCGAUCAGUACCCUCAGACCCUGUCACUGGCGUACCGGCAAACGACCCAUCUGGCACAAUCCCUUCAGACCCCAACGCCUACGAAUUCAACCCUUCAAAGGUUGCUGGAGGUGUGACCGGAGUUGAAGAGGCAGAUGGCCUCCGCGCUCAAGACUGGAUCUCAUAUAGUCUUAUGAUUGUCGGCUGGUUCAUUCUGAUCAGAUCUGUCAGCCAGUUCAUCCGUGCCAGGCGGCAAGAGAUGAUUAUCCGUGGCACCAACGACAGAGGACUCGGCACGGCUGUUGUUGCAAGCAACGAGACGCCCGAGCAAGCCGUCUAA